AUGGGCAACAACGUUUGCGCUGCUGAGACACCCAGCAUAUCCAAAGGCCAGAAAAUUCCAGAUGUGACCUUGGACAAAGGAUUCCCACCAAAGAAGGUGCCACUCUCGGAGAUCAUUGGUGGCAAGAAGGUCGUGAUGACAGUGCCUGGCUACCUGGCCAAGCAAGCUGAACUGAAGGCGAAGGGAGUCUCUGAUGUGAUUGUGUACUGCGUCAAUGACAGUGCCGUCAUGGAUGGUUGGGGAAAGGACCUCAACGUUGAUGGGUCGAUGGUGUCCAUGUACGGCGACAGUGGGUCGAUUCUCACGAGGGCAAUUGGUAUGGAGCUGAAAGAUGCCGGGGUCAUGCAGGCUCUUGGCAACCCACGAUGCAAGAGACACACCAUGAUCGUGGAAGACAUGGUGGUCAAAGAGAUGUUUGUCGCCUUUUCAGAGGACGAUCCUGCGGGUGAUGCGAAGCCAGAGACGACAUUUGUGUACAAUAUUUUGCAGCAGCGUCCGCCGCAUCUGCCAUCGCGAAAGGUACCUGGCUACCUGGCCAAGCAGGCUGAACUGAAGUCCAAGGGUGUCUCUGAUGUGAUCGUGUACUGCGUCAAUGACAGUGCCGUCAUGGAUGCGUGGGCAAAGGAUCAAAAGGUUGAGGGCUCAAUUCUGUCCUUCUAUGGAGACAGUGCUUCCAAACUCACAAAGGAGAUUGGCAUGGAGCUCACAGAUUCAAGAGUCAUGGAAGCCCUUGGUAAUCCACGUUGCAAGAGGCAUGCAAUCAUUGCAGAUGAUAUGGAAGUCAAGGAGAUUUUUGUUGCGGCUUCGGAGGACGAUCCUGCCGGAGAUGGAAAGCCCGAGAGCACUUUUGUCGACAAUGUUUUGAAGCAUUUGUAG